AUGCCACCCAAUCCCUCGGUUCCUGCCAUUGCUUGGAGUUUGCCGGCCACAUUUAUUGUUUUCUGUCACGGGCAUCUUGUUGGGAUCCCCGGCAGGGAUAUUGCCUGUCAACGCUCACGUCUGGGACCGCGGGUCUUCCGGAACAACCUGACAGGGCCAAGCCAUGUCCUUGACCUCCUCAUCUUUCGUUUCAUCCUACACGUCACUGUCGAUGUUACCCUCCAAUAUUUUGACCGCCAGUCCGGUGAGAGCUGGGUCAGUAAUUUCCCCAACUUCCCUGCAACCCCCUGGGGAAAUAUGCAGCCUCAUCUGCCAGCCAGAAUCGCGACAACGUGGGUGUUGGCAGCAGGCAGGCAUCUAGGUAAUUUGAUGCACGACGUUCCUAAUAAUCGGUUGGACGAUAUGAAGUACGAUGACUUGCCCAAGUUGGUCGUCGCCGGGGGGGGGGGGGAUAGUGAUGACGAUAAUCACAACAACCUGGAAAUCACGCACACGGGCGCUUCCUCCCGCUCCCCUUUCAUACAAUGCCGAGGCUACGUACCGAUUCCGCACUCUACGGUGCUCGUGCCGCGCCACAUGGGUGUGGACCGUUUCUUGAUCGUCCUCAGCCAUACAAGUGUAUUGCGGCAACGCCACAAGUCCCGACGAAAAACAUGGGAGUUGGUCCCCUGCCCUCUAACGAUCCAUCACCCCGUCCAACGAACGCCAGACGGCCACGUCGUCAAGAACCCCCACCAGAGCUUCGCUCCUACCGUAGAUUCCCCCAAAACGACGGUCCGCGUCACGUUUAAUUUGGCUCAAAUUCCCAAGAUAGCCAAAACCAUCCAACCAUUCGCGCAGGAACCCGCCCCCAGCCUAGUAAGCGGGAAGCCCGCACACAAAAUGACAGCCGAGAAUAUGGACGUCGUGCCUCACACCAGCACCGACACCCCCCAAAUCCAACCGGCCGCCCGCGGGAUGGUGGGAUGGUGGGAUGACGGAUUUGAUAUGUGGUUGAGUUAUCAAAACGUGAUUUCCAUGCUCGGUCAGAGGGGCCUCAACUCUGUGGUGUCGGAUGAGGAACCUGUUGAGGCCUUCGUGGUGCACACCCGCGCCUAG